AUCUUUGCGCGCGUCCCGCUCGUUUUAGUGCAUUUCAAUCCGAAAAUUCUGGUCUUUGCUACUGGUUGCAACUUUGCUGUAUUCAUCAAAUAGUUAUUGAACUUUUUUAGUUGUCUUCAACUGCGAUGAAUCUAUUUUAUUUUUCCAAAGCAAAUGACUUUUUAUUUAUGAUUUUAUUUCUACUGAUUUACACAGUGGAAAUUCGAGGCGACGAACAAUCUCGACCAGUAGCAAUUGUUCCAUGGUCGCAGUAUAAGAGGAGGCUCGGCCAUUUGAAAGAAGGAUCGCUCGCUUACCAAACGGAAACUGAACCACUUAAAACCGCGGCCACAUCAUCAUCAAGUGCAUCUAACUCAUAUUUCGGCAGUUACGAAAAAGAAGAUCUGUCAUUGAAGCAGCUGCCGAGAUUUGAUGAAAAUGAGCCGAGAAGCAGAUCUCAUUCUGCCGGCACCAAACCGCGUUCGCAAUAUGGGAACGUUAUUCGACCACAAUUACGAGGCAAAUUGCCAGCUGAUCCAUCCGACUUCAUGAAAAUUCCAAAAACCAAUCAAGUGGAGUAUUUGAUGCAAAGAGAACUAGAUAUGCAAACGCUUGUCCCGCCUGAGCGACCACAGUCAUCAUCAAAGAUGAGUAGUUUACCUUCGAGACACACAUUGGGAGUGGAGGAGUCUCAAACAUUCAACAUGAAACACAAAAUUGCAUCGGUCGCCAUCCCUAACGGAGUACCGAUGACUGCUGGAAAUUGGGAAACUGGACAGCCGCAUUAUUCGGGAGAUCGUAGACUUCACGCUGCAAGCACAUUUGUGGGAUCACCUUCAAUUCCAUAUGCAACCAAUUACAAUGGUGAACUGGCAUCCGCAUUGCUCCAACAGAAAAACGUCGAGCCCAAUAUUGUUAGCUCAAUUUUUUCUCAAAGCAGCCCAAAUGCUAUUCCAACAGUGGUUCAGACUUCUCAGCCACAGGCCACAUUUGAAAAGAUGCUUGCCAACGAAAUGUCUGUUGAAAAACUUUCAAAACUCGCGAACAAUUUAUUGGGGUUUAAUAAUGGCGGUGGAACAGGAGAAUCUGGUAGUGGAACUGGCAGCCUAUUUGAGACCAUGACGUCAGUUCUAAGCGGAGGAAAUCGUAAAGUACCAACAAGUUCUGCGGCACAUGAUGACCAAUCCCAGUACGCUCCUGCUUCGGCAGGGAGACCACAAACAUCAAUGCUUACUCAAUUUUUCAACAAGGCAUCGGAUGCGUUAAAAGAUUCAUUUGCAAAAAAAGUUUUUGAAAAUAAAGAAAACAAAAAUAUCGAUCCACUUGCUCUUCCAAUACCAGAACCAGAGAAAAAAGAAAAAGUGAGCAAAGAAGUAGAAAAUACAUUGAAGCUGUUGAGUACAAUGCCCGAUGAACAACGGAAAAUGCUUGAAAGUGCAAUAAAAGAUGGAGAAAUUGAUGCAGAUUCACCUCUUAUCAAAAAUUUGGUGAAAAAUGAUGUAACGGAAGAAUCAAAAAAAGAAAAAGCAAACCGUCUAAUCGAGUGGAUUCGCUCAAAUCGUCCGUCGACAAAAACGCCGGAAAGCGGAAUUCCGAAAAAUGUUCCCUACUAUGGAAAGUAUUUGGGAAGUUUGGCAGAAACGCCAACAACAAAAAAACAAAAAAGUCCAGCUGGUGCGUUGUGGCUUGUUGAUGAAAGGAAAAUUAUUGUAACCAGAUUUGUUUUUGAGUCGGGAUCAUUAUUGAAUGAGAAUGUAACAUUCUGGCUUGGUCCAAAAACUCCGACGGGCAACUUUGUUGAGGAUUUUAUGCCAUCUGAAAAUGGAUUCUAUAUUAAACCCAAACCAAUCGAAAUGUCGGCAUUUGCAUCUAGAGAGCUCCCACCAAUUGAAGCAAAGCCUCGAACCAAUGUGGCGGCAGUUAAGCUUUUUGAAGGCAUUCCGCCAAUUGUUGCAAAUGUCACCAGGGUUAAGCGGGAUUCAAAUGUUGUUAAUGCGACCGCUAAGCCGAUUGAGCUUUUUGUGGAGGGAGGAAUUAUGGAAGUUCGGCCAGGGAAUGGAGUACUAAAAUUGGAAAAACAGGCCGACACAGUGACUAGUAUGAGCUCAGUUCCUGGAGGACUUAGACUAAGACAGCCUGAGUUUGAUCCAGUUGAUGACAAGGUGCCACAACCUCUCCAGUGGUUUGAAGGAUUCCAGCCUCUAAUGCUUACACUUCCACCUUCAAAAGUCUUCGGUGACAUUCAUUGGGUUUCGCUGCGAGAUCACAAACGAAAUAUUAAUGUUGCAUCGGUAAUACUGCCAAAUGGUCCUCUUGUUCAAAUCCCAAAAGUGGUUCGAUUGAGGGCUCUAUCACCAAACAGCCUCCAGUUCAACAUUAGCUCUGGGCCCAUCGAGAUUCUCGAUGUGAAAACUAUUCGAAUUAAUGAUUUCUCUUUUCAACAUGAUGAUGAUUCAGUAUGGCUAAUGGUUGGCAGUGAGCUACUUCCAAAUUUGAAUGGAAAAAUAGUUCCAUUGUUCGAUGAGAACACAAGAAAAUUCGAUUGUCAAGGUUUAAUGAGUUAUCAUGGUGAAACGAUUGUAUUCAGGUUGCCAGGCGAACUCACAUGGAAAGACGUUUUUUGGUUUUCAUUUUACUCGAAAAAACGUUUUGUAUCAUAUUCGGAAAUAUAUCUCCCACAAAGCGACAUGCAUCUUCUUCCCGAUUUAUCAUCAAUCGCUAGCCCAACAUGUCAAUACAACCCAACUCCAUAAAAUCAAAAAUAACGACAUUAAAUAAAACUUGAUAAUUAAUGUACGAGUGUCGCUCCGACAACCCAUGAAUCUUUAAAAAUAAGAACCAUAUUUAAGUAAUAGUUUUUAUAUUAUGUUGAUCUCAUAGCAUUUCUUUCUAUUGUCAUUUUAUAUCUUUAUUCAAAUUGUAUUUUUAAUACCUUUUGACUUAUGAAUAAUUUCAAAAUCACUUAAAAUAAAUUCAGCAGACGUUAACAUUCC